AUGUGCAAUCAGCAUCAUGAUGAAAGCACUAGUGCAUCAAGCACAACUGUGUCUGAGACAAUACCGGCAACAGAGACACCUGCAUCAUCUAAUGAUCCUUCCGAUCCCCAUUCGUGUGAUUUAGGAUUGUGGCCUGAUAACAUUUCGAACAGUAUGAGAGAAUACUGGGCAACGAAAGGAAGUAGUGACUGCAGUAAUUCGGACGCAGAUUUUAGUGCUACGUCUACACUACUCGAAGGAGAUAAAUACAAGCGACAGUGCCAGAAAAGUAUGUUCACGUAUACGCACCAACUCACGAAGGAGCAACAUCUUCGCACUUGGCUCUGUUACUCACCAUCCCAACAUGCACUGUACUGUUUUGCAUGCAAACUGAUGACAGAUGUCUUCGUUUUUGGAAAGCAGGGAUGCACUGACUGGAAACACGCUUCUCAACAAAUUUCACGCCAUGAGAGAAGUUCAAAUCACCGACAAGCCAUGGUUCAGCUACUACAACGCAGUGAUGCAAAUUCUCGUGUUGAUGCAGAACUAGUCAAACAGACGAAGACAGAGCGCGAGUAUUGGUGCUCAGUCCUAGAGCAGGCGGUCGAAACUAUUUGCUUACUGGGCGAGCGUGGCUUAGCAUUUCGUGGCUCAGAUGAAGUUGUCGGUUCAGCCAAAAACGGAAACUACUUGGGCGUAUGGGAACUGGUGGCGAAGUUCAAUCCCUUUCUUGUGCAGCAUAUUAAGUUACACGCAAACAAGGGAACGGGGUCACACAUCGUAUCUGUCUAA